AGCUUUUGCACAUUUUGCGGGAUUACUUAAACGCGUCUUCAUAUAAUUGCUUUGCCUCUCUCAUAAUGGGCUUCUCACUCCGAUACUGAUAUUCAAACCUACCUCCUCAAUCAAAUCUUUAUCUUUUUUCCGAUAGCCAGAAAGUUCUUCGCCAAUCAAUGGCCUAUGGUAGAAGCAGAGCCUCCUCUUUUUUCGAUGGGUUCACUCUGAACCCUCUCCCAUACCCUGUUCUUCUGAUCCUUGCCGUGUUAUUCGUCUUCCUCGGCAUGUCGUGGUACUUAUCCUACGAGGAAGUUGUCGAAAGUGCAGAAGAACAAUUGGGUUGGGUUCUGUUUGCUACCCCAGUUGCGAUCCUACUCUUAGCCCGGUGGUUGUCUUCCGUAGAUACUUCCGAUUGGUUCUUCUUCGGCUCUUCGCCAUGGGAAAGACAGAGAAGGACUCAUCACCUUCCAUCAGAGGGAAGCUCGCCAUGGGGUGUGGCUGCUCUUAUUGUGGUCUUGCUUAUCAUGGUUCAGUACCAGUCUUCCUUUCUUGAAAGCUGGUUCUUUUGAUGUGAUUUUAAUGCUGUUCUGUUUGUUUGCAAGUUUGUUUGUUUUUUAGAGGUUUGAUUUUCUAGAUAAAACGAUAAUUCAUUUUAUUUUGUUUGUCAUAGGAUAGAAAACUUCGGAUCUAAGACAUAGAUCUUGUCAGUUGUGAUUAUUGUAAAUAUAUGAUAGAAGAUGGUGUUGUAUGAAUCUGGUUUAAGAUAUGGAACCUAGUUGAUCGGAAAA